AUGUUCAAGUUCUUGACAUUGUUUACGGUGUUCGCCGUUCUUUACGUUCAAACCGUGCAAGCUGCCGAUUUAAUCGAAGAGAUCAAGAAGAUGGAUGUUACCAAGUUGCAGUAAGUUCUUUGUAAUAUAUACGGGUUGCUUAUGACUAUAUUUGGGCCUUUAUUGUGUUUUUGGGUAUCUAAUGUGUAUUAAAAAUGUAGCUUUGGUUUGAUUUUGUUAAAAAAUUCUCUAAUUACACUAAAAAAUGAAUAAUAUUUUUUGUACCAUAUAUCAAUAUUCGCUUUUGUUAUAGUAUAAUGAGUAAUAUACGAAAUAAUAACUGAUGUUUUCAGAGAAUCUCCACUCGGAUGUCCCUUACCCGUUGUUGGAGGCCAAUGUCCCGAGUCCAACCCGUUGUACUACUUCAAGUGUUGUGGUGAGAUGAACUCUGCUUGCUGCUUCCGACUCCAAGAUUGGGCCGUGCUAUUGAUUGCCAUCAUGGUGGUACUGAUCAUCUUGUCGAUCUUUGUCAACUUGAUCCGAUGCAUCUGCUGCUACUAA